ACGAAUCGAAAUUUUGCCAAACAAAAAAGACUUGAUUCGGAUAAUGAACAACACAUCAUCAUCAUCAUCAUCAUCAUCCUCAUCCUACCAACUACCUUAUUUUUUUUGAAAGGCCAACAUAAUAAACUUCAUUAAUAAAACCAAAGACACGCACACCAACUACCUCUUCUUCUUGCUACUACAACAACUUCAACCUCUUCACUUCCAAUCAUCAUUCUGCAAAUCAAACGAUCACCCACAUCAAAAAGAUCCAAAAUCCACAUGGGUUUCAACCGAUACAACAAAUUACUCCGAACCCUCAUCAACACCUCUCGAUCCACAACAACGUUUUCUUCUUCUUCCGUUUACUGUAACCAAUGGCGGAGAUCAGUCACCUCUUGCUCAGAUGCUAACAAAACGGCGUCGUUUUCCACGAUUCCGAGUUCGUCUUAUCAUGUACACGGUGGGCCCUCGUAUAUGCGAGGAGCUGUGUUUUGGGAACCAAACAAGCCUUUGACUUUUGAAGAUUUUGAAAUUCCUAGACCCAAAGUCAACGAAGUUCUUAUCAAAACUAAAGCUUGUGGUGUUUGCCACUCUGAUCUUCAUGUGAUCAAAGGCGAACUCCCAUUCCCGAGCCCAUGUGUUGUGGGGCAUGAGAUCACUGGUGAGGUUGUUGAACAUGGGCCUUUGACCGACACUAAAGUAAUCGAAAGACUUCCUCUGGGCGCUCGUGUUGUAGGUGCUUUCAUUAUGCCUUGCGGUAACUGUUUCUUCUGCACAAAGGGUCAAGAUGAUUUAUGUGAAGCUUUCUUUGCUUAUAAUCGUGCAAAAGGGACACUCUAUGAUGGGGAAACACGCCUUUUUCUUCGUGGCAGUGGUAAACCAGUGUAUAUGUACAGUAUGGGAGGGAUGGCGGAAUAUGCAGUUGUGCCCGCAAACGGGUUGGCUAUUCUACCUCACUCGCUGCCUUAUUCCGAGUCUGCUAUAAUUGGUUGUGCGGUUUUUACUGCUUAUGGUGCUAUGGCCCACGCAGCCCAGGUUCGUCCUGGUGAUGCUGUUGCUGUAAUAGGUGUUGGUGGUGUCGGUUCAAGUUGCCUGCAGAUAGCACGCGCGUUUGGUGCAUCUGAGAUCAUUGCUGUGGAUAUACAAGACGAGAAACUCGAGAAAGCUAAAAUGCUUGGAGCCACUCAUGUUGUAAAUGCUCGAUCCGAAGAUGCAGUUGCAAAGAUCAAAGAAAUAACUGGAGGGAUGGGGGUUGAUACUUGUGUUGAAGCAUUGGGAAAUCCUAAAACAUUUAUGCAGUGUGUACAAAGUGUAAGAGAUGGUGGAAAAGCUGUAAUGAUUGGUCUUACUCUCUCGGGAGCCAAAGGUGAAAUCGAUAUAAACCAUUUGGUCCGCAGACAGAUCAAAGUAAUGGGCUCGUAUGGAGGUCGGGCCCGACACGAUCUUCCAAAGCUAGUGAAACUUGCAGAAAGUGGCAUAUUCAACCUUGGAGCAGCGGUUUCAAGAAAAUGCAAGUUUGAGGAGGCAGGGAAAGCGUAUGAGGAUCUGAACCAUGGAAGUAUUGUCGGCCGUGCUGUGGUUGAGAUUAUGUGAUUUCUCGAAAGUUUCAUAGGUUUGUGUCGCGCCACCUGCUUGUUUUUCUUGGACUGUAGCUGUCUGCGCGUGUUGUUGAUUUAGGACCUGUACAAAAGUACCGAAUCGAGUUUGUGUUGUAUAUUGUUGGACCAAUACAAACUCGGUUUUGUGUCUCUGUGCAGCUAACUUUCAACUAAUUUGUGAUUAAUCUGCAACUUGGUUGACUUCUUGAUAUUUGUUGGUGUU